ACCCUAUAUAGCCGUACACACAAUAUACCUUUAGUGCCGUCAACGAGACACGACGGAUCGCACGUGUCUCAAAGCCGUGAUCAGUGUUCAUGAAAAAUGUUCGUGAGAAUUUGUUUCGUUUUCUGUGCGCUAAGCGGUCUAAAGCUGGUAUGUGGAGCUCCUCAAAAAGAUGCAGACUCAGCCAUUGUUUUCCCUGGACCAGUACAGGAUGUAAGCUCCAGAUACGGAAAUGAUUCAAAUGUACCCGAUAAGUGCAAAAACCUUAACUUCUGUAACAUCAAACCUAAGGACUAUCCACAAGAAACAUUUAAUAAAAUGUUCAAAGGAAAAAUUAAGGAGCCAAUAUUCCAGCCGACGUUUGUUAUGACGGAUGAUCGCCAAGGGGACUACGAAGACAUGGACGAUUGCGAAUCAACAAUCUCUUUCGAGAGACUCUACCAAGUGAAAGCUGGUGACGGCAAAUGGCAUACGGUCGUGCAAGCCCCGGAUGAGAACUACUUGCAGAUGGUGCGCAUAGAGACUUGUGUGAAUUCAGGAGCUUCGUGCUUUAAAGACCACAGUGGUCCAUUCUCAUAUGAAACACAUUGCAUACAGAAGAAUAACGCGUGGGAGAUGCUUGUCCAUAGUCCAGAAACUGGACCCCAGACGAUUAAGGUGGAACUGCCCGUAUGCUGUUCCUGUCAUUUUAGACACAAAGAUUACAAAAAAUAAUCUCUGAAAUAAGCGAACUUAUUAAAGAUUACGAGUGACCUGUUCAUAUUUAUGCAAGAUUACUGGCAAAGAAGAAUAGCAGCGUUAGAUACCUCUUAUUAUCUGUAUUCCCAGUUAGGUUAUUAUAUAAAUAAACUGUUACCUAAUAACUUCAUUGUUACUAGUCAAAUUAUUUUAUGAUUAAAGUUAUUUAACAAAAUGUGAUGUUAUUUAUUUGCUGGCUAUUUUACGUUCUAAUGUGCUUAUCUUUGCUUUUGCCCUUGUGAAAAGAAGAUUGCGCACAUAAGUAGGUCCUCGCAUAGCGUGUCUCCCUUCCAUAGAGGCGUUACCCUGUUUUGUGUGUUCUUAGUUAGCACUAAACUCCUGUUAGUGGUAGUAUUUGACUGACAUGUAAUUUGGAUCUAUCCUAAAAAUCACUACUUGAUAACUGACGAAUAUUGAGUCGUGACAACUUAACUAUUUGCAAGAACCUUUCAGAACUUUUUUAUGAAAGGAAUUCUCUAAUGAACAAUAUAAGUCGUAUUAUCGCUUUUUAGUUUUCUAACGCUUAUCUAUCGGGAUCACCUGAAUAGUUUUGGACCUAACCGGAGUCCAAUAGUCCA